AUUUUAUUAAUAGAAAUACAAAAUGAGUGAUCAAAUUGUCUAUAUUGAUGAAUUUGCUAUCGAUACUUGUAAUUUGUUGGGACAAGGAGCUUGUGGAAAGGUAUUUGCAGCAACUAGAAAUCGUGAUUAGAGGCAAUAUUGUGCUAAAGUUUAAUUAAACAAUAAUUUUUUUAGAUUGUGCCUGCUAAUUCUUAAAAUGUAUAAAAAGAAUUGGAUAUAUUAAAUUAUAUGAAGGAUAAACAAAAUGAAAAUAUAGUAAAUGUUUUCUAUUGUAAUUACAUUCCAGAGAGAAAUUUCUUUGUAAUUAUAAUGGAGAAAUGUGAAUCUGAUUUAGAAAAGGAAAUUAAAUAAAGAUUAAUGUAAUAAAGAAGAUAUUCAGAACAAGAAGCUCUUGAAAUAAUGAGACAAUUAUUUAAUGGAUAUAAAGUGCUCUAUUAAAGUUCAGUUAUACAUAGAGAUAUAAAACCUGCUAAUAUAUUAAUUAGUUAAGGAAAAUACAAGGUAUAAAUUAUUUGAGUUAAUUAGAUUGCUGAUUUUGGAGUAGGCAAGAUAUAUUCAUCUGAUUAGAAUUUAUUAAAUAUAACCAAAAAUGGUACUCCAGUAUUCAAAGCACCUGAAUUAUAAGGAAAUUACGAAUACUCACAAAGUAUAAUCUAUUUUUGAUAAUAUUUAGGUGAUAUAAAUUUCAUUUAAGGAGGAGGUCAAAUGACAAGAUUUGGUAGCAUGACUAAUUCUAGUAUAGGUUAAUAAUAAUAGGUAUUAAUUAAAUAAAAUAAUUUAAGGCUCCUAUUUAAUUUCAAAUUGAUGAUUAAGAGAUUAAAUAAAAAUUAAUGCAUAAGGUUGACAUUUAUUCAGUAAAUAUUUAAUUUAAUAUUCUAGUUUGGAAUUCUAUUUUACAAUCUUUUAACUGGAUAAUACCCAUUUGAAUUAAAUAUGGCAGGAAUUAUGGAAUUUAUAAAUAGAAUUAAGUAAACUCCCUUUAGAAUAAUGAUUCCUUAAUUAAAUUUAUCUCCAAAUACUUGUUAAUUGAUAGAAAGAAUGAUUACUUAUUCACCAGUUAAUAGAAUUGAUUUUCCAACUAUUUGUUAAUAAAUAGGAUUAGGAUUUAGACUUUAAACAAUCUACAAUAGAAAUAAUGCCAUUGUUUAUCCUGUUAGACCAGCAGGACCACUAAUUCCACCAUCACCAAUUAGAGUUAUUCCUCCAUAAAAACCACUUUAAGAUUUGCUAUAAUUAUAUAGAACUUUGUUUUAUGAAAAAUGGUAUUCAUCUAAAUUUAUAAAAUAGUUGUGAAAAUAAUGCAGUAAUCAAAAUUUAUAGAAAUUAUUGUGAUUUAUGUUUAGGUGUAGCAAUAUCAUAAUUUGAUGAAAAAAUUACAUUAGAUUUGAUAGCUGAUUAUGUUAAUAAGUAUCUAUAAGCAAAUAAAUGUGAUAUUGAAUUUAAAUUUGAAGUCAAAUUGGAUAAAUUAUUUUAUAUCAAUGAAUAUUGUAGAAUUUUAAAAAGUUAGUUCAUACCCAUGAUUUUUGGAUACGAACAAAUUAAAACUUAUGGAGAAUAGCAUUUGAAAUUUAUGUUGAUUUCUAUGAAAUUAAUAAAAGGGCACUAUAAUCUAUAAUCAUUUUUAUUAAAUUAAAAUCCAAAUUACAAUGCAGUGAAAGAAUAGAUCUAAAGGGAUUUUUAUUUAUAGAAAGAACUGUAUAAAUAAUAAUUAGAUGAACUAUUUUGA